AUGGCGUCCGGAUACGACAGAGCUCUCUCAGUCUUCAGUCCCGAUGGACACGUCUUCCAAGUCGAAUAUGCUCUCGAAGCGGUGAAGCGAGGAACAUGCGCUGUCGGCGUCAAGGGCAAGGAUAUCGUCGUGCUAGGAUGCGAGAAGCGGUCGGCAAUGAAGCUCCAAGACACCCGAAUUACCCCGUCAAAGAUUGGCUUGAUCGACGGCCACGUCUGCCUUGCCUUUGCCGGUCUCAACGCCGACGCUCGAAUCUUGAUCGACAAAGCCAGGCUGGAGGCCCAGUCACAUCGUCUGACGGUCGAGGACCCCGUGUCGAUCGAAUACAUUACGAAAUAUGUCGCCGGCGUUCAGCAACGUUAUACACAGAGUGGUGGUGUGCGCCCGUUUGGAAUUAGUACAUUGAUUGUCGGCUUUGACAAGGGUGACGACAUCCCCCGUCUCUACCAAACCGAGCCAUCUGGGAUUUACUCGGCAUGGAAAGCCAACGCCAUUGGGCGUUCGAGCAAGACAGUCCGUGAAUUCCUCGAGAGGAACCAUAAAGAUGACAUGGACCGUGAAGCUACCCUUCAGUUGACAAUCAAGUCGCUACUGGAGGUGGUACAAACCGGAGCCAAGAACAUCGAAAUCGCCAUCAUGGCUCCCGGAAAGUCCAUCGAGAUGCUCCCGACUGAGGAGAUCGAAUCGUACGUCAAGAACAUCGAGACCGAGAAGCAGGAAGAGGCUGCCAAGAAGAAGACUGGCCGACCAGGAACCGGCACUGCGGCCAUCUUGACGCGGGCCGGCACCACUGGUGAAGGUUCUGAGAGCUAG